UGAGCUCCUUCCGCGAUUCCUUUGAAUGCAUGCAGUUUUCUUGGGGCCGGCGGGUGUUCUUGGGGCGCACGUGGCGUCACGGGGGAGAUGCACGUCUGAACGGACGCAGGAGCGGGGAAGAUUGGGGACGCGCAUCCCUUCAAACACCAAGCCGGAUCAGAAGGUGAGAGCGAGCGCCUCCUUCCUCUUUUUUUGGCCAAUUGUUUUUAUUGAUUUUCUAAAUAAUAAUAAUAAUAAUAAUAAUAAUAAUAAUAAUUUAUUUAUACCCCGCCCAUCUGGCUGGGUUUCCCCAGCCACUCUGGGCGGCUUCCAACCGAAUAUUAAAAACAGAAUAUUAAAAUACAAUAAUCUAAUAAACAUUAAAAGCUUCCCUAAAUUAUUGCACGUCAUUGCCAAAUGAAUGCAAUUUAAUGCAAUUUCCCCAAACCGGCUUCCAGAGAGCACUUCCUCUUAAAUGUGUGUGUGUGAACAGGUGCCAGCUCUGUGGGACCCUCCCACAAAAUUCCCUUUGAAGGGGGGGCACCCACAAAUUUGGGUGCCAGGGCCAUGCCCCAUGGCACCCAUGGCCCUGGGCACCCAAGGUUGCAGGACAAAGUUGGUACUCCUCUGUGUGUGUGUGUGUGUGUGUGUGUGUAAGAGAGAACACUUCCAUGUCUAGGAUGCUUAGCAGGUAUACAGAUCACAGAAUCAGAGAAUUGGGAGGGACUCCCGUGGUCAUCUAGUCCAACCCCCUGCAAUACAGGAAUCUCAACUCAAGCAUCCGUGACAGAUAGCCAUCCAACCUCUGCUUAAAAUCUCCGAGGAAGAAGAGGCCACAACCUUCUGAGGGAGACCGUUCCACUGUGGAACAGCUCUUCCUGUCAGAAAGUUCUUCCUGAUGUUUAGCCAUGUUGCAGGAAUUUAUGUAUAGGUUGGGGGGGGGGUUGCCCCUCCAGCAGAUAUCAUGCGCAUGCAGCCCACUACCAAAAUCAGCACCAUCACUUUUGUGACUUUUGUGAUUUGUCCCCACAAAACACUUCAUCACAGUUUCUUCCUAUCUAUUCAAAGCGCCUUUGCUGCACGAUACCAAAUGUAAGAAUUCACUGAUAAAUGUACUUAUGUACUGGCUCACAGGGAAAACUUCAGAAAUUCAUAUAGACAUGUGAGCUCAGCUACUCAGCAGCCCCUCUGCCUGAGUGAUAAUCCCUGGAUCCUGAUACCUGAGUGCCAGACAGGUAGCCAUUCCAGAAAUAACAAAUCCAGAUGAAGACAAAAGGGUAUGAUUAACUUGGCUGGGAAACAGGGAAAUGUAAAUAUCUCUUUUGUUACACUUGAUGGGUGUUUGGUGGAGGGCAAGGAGAACCAUGGGGCAGGGUCCAGGAUGCUCAGAUUACUGCCACCAGACCUCCCCUUUCAUGAUGUAUUAGUGAUGUAGUUUGGGGGGGGGUGUAACAUGGGAAUUAGCAGCUAAUAAAAGUUUGGGUUCUCUUUUGUUCGGGGCUUCCAUCUUGUUCCACCUUGUGGCAGGUGGGAGUCCUGCGACAGUCUUCAAUAAAGACCAAGCCUACUGGCUGCUGCUUUGCUCUGGUAAUCCUGGCUGGUGUCCUUGUUUUUUGUCCAAGGGAGCCCUCAGAUUUCUCCGUUAACAGCUGGAAUCUCCUUUCUUGUAACUCAAAGCCAUUGGUUUGGGUUCAUAUGGAAGGUUUUUUUAAUGUUUUAUUAUGUUUUUAUAUAUGUUGGAAGCUGCCCAGAGUGACAGCAGAUGGGUGGGGUAUAAAUAAUGACAUUAUUAUUAUUAUUAUGGAAGAGGAUGUCCCUAUUUUCAUCAGAGAAAUGUUGAAGGGUAUGUAAGUUUAGCGCUCAUUUCUGUAUCAUUUGCAAACAGAUUCCCCCACCUCCCGCCCACGCCGAACAUUUCAGCUCCCCAACGCUGAAAACCUGGAAGUAAGUGUUUUGGUUUUCAAAUGUUUUUCAGAACUCGAAUGGCUUCCAAGGCACAUUUCUCUCCCCCCCCCCCACAUUGAAAUUGGAGACAGCCCUUAGAUUUUAGGUUUCCAAACGUUUCGGAAGUCGAACGGUCUUCCGGAACGGAUUACGUUUGAAAACCGAGGUUCCACUGUAACUGAGAAAUUAGUGUAAAGCUUGCACUGUAUUCCCAGAUGUGGCUUUCAUGUUGUAUGAAUGCCCAACUGUAAUGUAGAAAUUAACAGGGAAAUGUCAGGAAAGCAAAAUACAGUGGUACCUCAGGUUAAGUACUUCAUUCGUUCCAGAGGUCCGUUCUUAACCUGAAACUGUUCUUAACCUGAAGCACCACUUUAGCUAAUGGGGCCUCCUGCUGCUGCCGCACCGCCGGACCACAAUUUCUGUUCUCAUCCUGAAGCAAAGUUCUUAACCCGAGGUAAUAUUUCUGGGUUAGCGGAGUCUGUAACCUGAAGCGUAUGUAACCUGAGGUACCACUGUAUAUGUCGUGCAACUGCAGCCUAAGAGAGAGAAGCUUGAGGUAGCUGUCAACAGGAGAAGGCGAGGCUCUCUUAAACUUUUAAGGUUUGAAGUGUGUGCAAAUGUCUGUGUACCUUAUACUCAAAGCGCUUUUAAUACAACUUUCCACGAUUGUGGCUUCUCCAGAGAAUCAUGGGAACCUUUGUUGAAGAAGUUGAAAUUAAGAGGUCCCAUGUUCCCCUUGACUGACAAUUCCCAAAGCGGUUUAGCAAUCGGCUCCUCUUUCUGGGAAACUCUGGGAAUUUGUGUGAGGCUCAAAUCUUAACGUGGAUGAAUGGAAAAGCAUCUUUUUUGUAUGCAGAAUGUCACAGGUUCGAUCCCUGGCAAUGUGGAAGGAAGGGGGUGGGGAAGAGAGCAAAUUUAGGUCCUAAAACAUUCUGGUUCCAUAAUAACCAGGUAGAAGGUUCCGGAGAGGGAAGGAGGUACAUGGCAGUUGGUUCCGCCCAGGCCAAUGCCACUCUGGGCGGCUCCCAACAGAAUUAAAAGCACAAUAAAACAUCAAACAUUAAAAGCAUCUCUAAACAGGGCUGUCUGCAGAUGUCUUCUAAAAGUCAGGUAGUUGUUUAUUUCCUUGACAUCUGGUGGGAGGGUGUUCCACAGGGUGGGUGCCACUACCGAGAAGGCCCUUUGCCUGGGGAAAGGGAUGCCACCAGGGAAGGAGUUUGGAAAGGUUUAUCUCACCUGCGUAUUUUUUUCUCUCCCCCAGACAGAAGCUCAACGCACCCACCUCGAUCACGGUAGCUUAUUCUGGAGUUUUCCGGGAGUUUGUCCCGGGAUGAAAAUGGAAAGGGAUGUUCCCGACGGCAGUACGCAAAGGGAAAGCCCCGGGAAAUCCAUUCGCUUCCUCUGGGACAAUGUAAGCCGCAAACCCAGGAUGGGCUUUGAGGGAGAAAGCGAAUCCCCUGAAGCAGUGCAUUGUGGGGGAUUGCGCCGCAGAGCGACUCUGCACCAGGUGAAGGAGGAGCCGGAAGAUGGUUUGGCCCAGUCCUGGGAAGCCCAGUGGCAGGAGUUUUUGAAGACGGUAGAGUCCCCUCACUCGGAAUGGGGGGUCCCCCAGUUGCCGGAGGAGCCCACCCCCUGGGACGACGCCCAGGCCUUCCUAGCCUCCUUCGAGCGAGUGGCCGAAGCCUGCCGGUGGCCCAAGGCCGAGUGGCUGGUCCGUCUGCUGCCGGCCCUCAGCGGGGAAGCCGAGCUGGCCUUCAGCAGCCUGGAGGCCGGAGACAAGGAGAAUUAUGGGAAAGUGAAGGCCAUCAUCCUGCGAUGGGAUGCCCUCACGAGGGAGAGGUGGCGCCAGCACUUCCGCUGCUUCCGCUACCAGGAGGCCGAGGGGCCGCGAGGGGUUUGCGGGCAGCUCCAAGAGCUCUGCCGCCAGUGGCUGAAGGUGGAGAGGCACUCCAAGGAGCAGAUCCUGGAGCUGCUGAUCCUGGAGCAGUUCCUGACCGUCCUCCCGCCAGAGAUCCAGAGCUGGGUGAGGGAGCACAGCCCAGAAACCUGCUCCCAGGCGGUGGCCCUGGCCGAGGAGUUCUUGUUGAGGCAGCGAGAGGCCGAGAGACUGGAUAACCAGGUGAGAGCUGCCAUAAAACUGUGGUUGGCAGGUUACACCAAACCAGGUGUCCAUGGAGGUGCAGGUCAAUUCUGUAUCCAGGGCAGCUGUCUACCAGGUACGCAGGCUGAGACCCUACCUGUCUCACCAGAGUGGUACAUGCUCUAGUUAUCUUGGACUACUGCAAUGCGCUCUCCGUGGGGCUACCUUUGAAGGUGACCCGGAAACUACAACUAAUCCAGAAUGUGGCAGCUAGACUGGUGACUGGGGGCGGCCGCCAAGACCACAUAAUACUGGUCUUGAAAGACCUGCAUUGGCUCCCAGUACGUUUCCGAGCACAAUUCAAAGUGUUGGUGUUGACCUCUAAAGCCCUAAAUGGUAUCAGCCUAGUAUAUCUGAAGGAGCGUCUCCACCCGCAUCGUUCAGCCUGGACACUGAGGUCCAGCUCCAAGGGCCUUCUGGCGGUUCCCUCACAGCGAGAAGCAAAGCUACAGGGAACCGGCAGAGGGACUUCUCAGUAGUGGCGCUCGCCCUGUGGAACGCCCUCCCAUCAGAUGUCAAAGAGAUAAACAACUACCAGACUUUUAGAAGACAUCUGAAGGCAGCCCUGUUCAGGGAAGUUUUCAAUGUAUGACAUUUAAAUGUAUUUUUAAUCUUUGUUGGAAGCCACCCAGAGUGGCUGGGGAAGCAUAGCCAGAUGGGCGAGGUACAAAUAAUAAAUUAUGAUUAUUAUAUUAUUAUAUAACCUCUGGCUUUCCAGAUGUUGUUAAUCUAUGACUCUCAUCACCGUUGACCAUGCUUCCUGGUGCUGAUGGGAGUUGUCGUUCAGCAAUGUCUGGAAGGUUCCUCACUCCCGGAAUAAACUGUGGUUUGAGCGCUCUGCCUUGCUAGCAUUUAACUUGCGCGAUUUCAACCACCUGUGCUACUUGCUUUAAAAAAGAGAAAAUUCAUAUUGUGAAAGGCCUACCUGGAAACAGAGCAAGUUUUCAGAGCAGGCCUGAAAGCCGCCAGAGCAGCUUACGGAAAUGCCGUUUACCUUCCCGCCAGAGUGGUACCUAUUUAUCUACUUGCACUUUGACGUGCUUUCAAACUGCUAGGUGGGCAGGAGCUGGGACCGAGCAACUGGAGCUCACCCCGUCGCGGGGAUUCGAACCGCCGACCUUCUGAUCGGCAAGUCCUAGGCUCAGUGGUUUAACCCACAGCUCCUCACUCCUGACACUUUUGCCUCUGUCCUUGCCUGCUAACAACAUGUGACCCUUGUCAGGCUGCUGUGGUCCUUAGGCUGAAAAAGGUGAACAGGUCCCUGUCUGCUGUUGCAGGUAUUGUUUGAGGAGGACGAGGAGGAAGAGGGUUCAUCUGAGGUUGACCAAACUCCUCCUGAUGCUGUGCAGAGGGCGGCCAACGUGGAAACCAAGCAGGAAGAUGGCAGCCACUACGAUGGGGAUCCGUGCCCAUUGGGUAAGCAUGGUGGAUGGCCUGCCAUUGUGCUGGGCUCAAGAUCAGACCGUGCCGUGGACAUAGCUUCCCGCAGUCCAGAGGAGCAGUCCGAGUCAGAAGGGGAAGAGAAGCCAGCCAAAAGCUCCCUCUUGCUUAUGAACAUAUUGGGUUAAACAUGACGUCAAUGUUAAUGUUCCGAUCAGUUUCCCUUAAUGUGGUAGGGUUUUAGAAUUCUGUUUUUGAGUUCAGUUAUGAUGACUGAAUCUGGAUUAAGCACCUACUUUGCAGCCCUAUGUAUAGCCUCUCAAGCUUUUACAUACCUGUGGCUUCUUUUGUGUUGUUUGUUUAAAGAAGUAAUUGUUGUGUGCUUUAUGGAGUGUAUAAGAAUAAGAAGGACUCUUCAUUUGACAAUAUACUGUAAUAAUAAUAAUAUAUAUUUUUUUAUUUAUAUCCCGCCCUCCCCAGCCGAAGCCGGGCUCAGAGCGGCUAACAACGAUAAAAGUAACACAGCAUUCUAAAAUCAAUUCAUUUUAAAAUCAGUUCAAAAUCAAAUUAAUGGCAACCAUUGGGCUAGAGUUCUGUGAGGAUUACCAAAGGAGGUAGCUGAGAACUACUUGUAAAUCUGAAAAAACUAACAAUUUUAAAAAGAGAAGCAAAGAGAAUAUCAUUUAUACUCGCUCCUUCUUUGUUAGGUGUGUGAGCACCCUGAGAUUUUUGAGUGAGCGCCAUGGUCACUUUUCUCCUCCAAGAGAAAACGCAUGCACAGAAAAUCAGUUGCCCGGGAGAGAAAGCGGCCAAUUUAUUUAUUUAUAAAAUAUUAUGUUUCGAAGUCCGUUCUGACAGAACGACUCUGCAGCUUUAAAAGCACAUAGAGCUGAAAGAGGAAGUGGGAAAGAGCGUCACUCUUCCAACUUCCUCCUUCAGGUCUUAUGUACUUUGCAAGGGAGAAGAGUUUAACCAUCUUCACCACUCUUCUGAAUCUUCCAAAAUCCAGUUUCAUUCGACAUUCCUGAGUUCUUGAGUUAUGAGAGGGGGAAAAAAGCUUUCCGCUGUCCACCUUCUCCACAUCAUGCUUAAUUAUGCACUUGAUAAUGUUGCCUUUUUCUUUUCUCUGAUCCAAGAAGCUUGGUUGUCUUUUGUACCCCCAUUUCCUCUAAUACAGGUAUGGAAUUGUUUGGGAUUCCCACUUUUUGUCUUCAGCAGGCAAAGGAUGGAUGACCGCAGAUGAGGAGGAGAAAUAUUUGCCCGAAAAUUCUGACACGGUGGCGCCACGUGGGACUUCAGCAUGGAAAGAGAGUUUUUCCUCGUCUCACGAGCUCAAUAGUUCUUCAGCAAGUCAGGAAAGAACGAGGUGCUGUCAGGAAAUCUGCCCAGCACAGGAAGCAGAACUAUCCAUUUCCUGUGGGGAAGGUCCCCAGGUCUCUAGUGAACCCACGAUCCAAAUAGAGAUUGAUGCCGGUAAGAUACAGAACCCUUGAAGUGCUUGUGGCAAAAGCAAACGAAACAUCACUGAUUCCCUCUUCCUAGAGUGGCCCACUGGAGGCCGCAGUGGGAAGCCCCCAAGCCAGGACCUGAGUGCAGCAUCGACAGUCUCCCCACUUGCAAUUGCAAGCAACUAGCAUUCGGGGGGGACGCGGGUGGCGCUGUGGGUUAAACCACUGAGCCUAGGACUUGCCGAUCAGAAGGUUUGAAUCCCCCUGAUGGGGUGAGCUCCCGUUGCUCGGUCCCUGCUCCUGCCAACCUAGCAGUUCGAAAGCAUGUCAAAGUGCAAGUAGAUAAAUAGGUAUCGCUCCGGCAGGAAGGUAAACGGCGUUUCCGUGCGCUGCUCUGGUUCACCAGAAGCGGCUUAGUCAUGCUGGCCACAUGACCCGGAAGCUGUACGCCGGCUCCCUCGGCCAAUAAAGCGAGAUGAGCGCCGCAACCCCAGAGUUGGUCACGACUGGACCAAAUGGUCAGGGGUCCCGUUACCUUUACCUAGCAUUCGGGGGGACACUGAUUCUGACAGUGGACGUAGAUUGCAGCCUUCAGGGCCAGUAGCAAUCUUUUUUUUUAUUUUUAUUUUUUAAAUAAUUUUUAUUAACAGGCCAAUCACAUCACAUUAUCCAUAUCACAUUAAUUCCAAAUUAUACAGCCAAAUUUUAAAUUUUGUUGAGGGUACCCAUACAUCAAGCUCCGCACGAGUCCAAAACAGGCAUCACUUAUCUUCCUGCUUUAAUUAGUCAGUUCUAUCCAGUUUGAUCCGGAUAGUCCUUUGUUACUUCCUGUCUCUUCUUGUUGUUAUCGUGUAUUCCUUUCUUUGCGAUCUCUGAUGAUUUUCACAAGCAGAUUGAAAACUGGUAUCUCUGUGUGGGUUUUGUACUCUUCCAAAAAUCAUAUCGGUCAGGGACAGCCUCUGUUCAACGCUUCCAUAAACAAAACUAAUCUCCGGUCUGUCCCUUAUUUUUCUCAGGCUUACCAAAUAGAUCAAAUGAGUCUGGGGGCUCUGUCAGGACAAACUUGCAUUCCAACAUUCCUUCUCAUUCUAACGAUCCUGAUUCUCCUCCCCCUGUCCUUCUUUCUCCGGCAAGCCUGUCUUGGCGAGAAGCCAUUUUUUAACUGCGUCAUAAAAAAUUUCCUCUUUCUCACCGUUCACCAGUCUUCUCUCCUGUUAUAAUCCAUCCCACACAGUCUUAGAAUCCUGCUUAUGAUUAAUAAAAAUGCGAUGAUCUUGUUUCUAUCUGGGGUGAAGGGUUAUUAAUAUCACAUUGUGCAAAGAAAAAAAGAGUUUUUUCCUCCACCCCCCCUUCGUUCCAAACAUACAGUCUCCUUGUGGUGAUUCAUCAGAAGCUUUACUUAUCCAUCCGUCACUCCUGGUCGCAGAGAUCCAUUAAUCAGUGGUCUUAUGUGUCGAGCCUUACUUGAUGUAUGUGCUUCAGCUUCGUUUCCAAUCAUAUGUUUCCAAUUAUAAUUCCGAGCUGAAGCAACCAGCAUGCGCUAAUUGGAAUCGGCGUCAGGAAGAUCUGACUUCAUCGAGGGCUUGUGCCAAGUGUUCAGCACCCCCAUCUCUCGGAUCAGGGGGUGCAUUGUGAACACCGCUGGCAGGGCAGUGUUCCCCCAUAUCCAGGGGGAGUAGGAAGGCUGCAUACUUCCCAUAGCAGCCCCUUAAUUACCUCGUAUGGGUCAGAGAGAUGUUAUUGUCGGCCAUCUUCCAACACGCCACCUGGUGGCCCCCUUCAGGGCCAGUAGCAAUCGAUAGAUUUAUUCUCCAUGAUUUGCUCAUAUUAAUGAUGAUGAUGAUGAUAAUAAUUUAUACCCCGCCCAUCUUUGGUUCCCUGCAACCUCACUUCUCACAAGGGAGGGAACCACCAAAAGGCCCUUGGCGCUGGACCUCAGUGUCUGGGCUGAACGAUGGGGGUGGAGACGCUCCUUCAGGUAUACAGGAUCAAGGCUGUUUAGGGCUUUAAAGGUCAGCACCAACACUUUGAAUUGUGCUCGGAAACGUACAAAUAAAUAAUGUCACUAUCAAAUGAGCAAAUGGAUUAAAAAAAAUAACACCACACAGGGUGAUAAACAGGUAACUGGAGAUGAUAAAAAUCAAACAAAACAUUGAAAACAAUGGGGGGGGAGGGGAAGCAACCACCCCAACUUUAUGAUUCAUUGAGAAAGGGGUGUGGGGGUGAUGGAAAUAAGAUAAAGUCCCAACCAGAGAAGAAUGGCAGAUUUGAGUUGAUGGAUUUACGCCGAAAUGGCAAAAAUGACCAGAAGAAUCAGAAAUCAGGAAGACCAAAAUUUAAAUAAAGAAUGGGGAAAACUUAUAAUUUAUCUUAAAAACCACUGUACAGUAGUAACUCAGGUUAAGAACUUAAUUCGUUCUGGAGGUCCAUUCUUAACCUGAAACUGUUCUUAACCUGAGGUACCUCCUCCCCCUGCUGCUGCGCUGCCGCCGCACAAUUUCUGUUCUCAUCCUGAAGCAAAGUUCUUAACCUGAGGUACUAUUUCUGGUUAGCAGAGUCUGUAACCUGAAGCGUCCGUAACCUGAAGCAUCUGUAACCCGAGGUACUACUGUACAGUCGUACCUUGGAAGUUGAUCAGAAUCCGUUCUGGAAGUCCAUUUGACUUCCGAAAAGUUCGAUUUCAAAAGCAUGGCUUCUGAUUGACUGCAGGAAACUCCUGUAGCCAAUCGGAAGCCACAGAAGCCCUGUUGGAUGUUCGGCUUCCGAAAGAACGUUCGAAAACCGGAACACUCACUUCCGGUUUUCGAUCGUUCGGGAGCCGGAAUAUUCGACUCCCAAGGCGUUUGGGAGCUGAGGUACGACUGUAAACAGUUGAAAUUGUUAGUAGGAUUGGAAUAAUACUUGUAGUUUAAUGGUAAAUUUUGGAUAUACUGCAGAUGUAAAGAUUUGGAUUAGUAUAAAAGAUGCAGGAGGAAAUGACUAACAAUAGGACCCGCAAAGGGGCGGAGGGAAGUCCAGGAGAUUCUAUGGAAUCUUGUUUUUAUGUUGUAUGUUGGAUAUGUGAUAGUAAAACUUUAAUUCGAAAAACCAAAAUAGAAUAGAAUUUAUUAUUUAUACCCCAUCCAUCUGGCUGGGCCUCCCCAGCCACUCUGGGCGGCUUCCAACAGAGUAUUAAAAUACAGUGGUCUGUUAAACAUUAAAAGCUUCCCUAAAGAGGGCUGCCUUCAGAUGUCUUCUAAAAGUCUGGUAGUUUUUCUUCUCUUUGACAUCUGGUGGGAGGGUGUUCCACAGGGCUUCCUGACAGUAAGAGCUGUUCGACAGUGGAAUUUGCUGCCAAGGAGUGUGGUGGAGUCUCCUUCUUUGGAGGUCUUUAAGCAGAGGCUUGACAACCAUAUGUCAGGAGUGCUCUGAUGGUGUUUCCUGCUUGGCAGGGGGUUGGACUCGAUGGCCCUUGUGGUCUCUUCCAACUCUAUGAUUCUAUGUUUCUAUGAUUCUACAGGGCGGGUGCCGCUACCGAGAAGGCCCUCCCAUGUAGGGCACCACUACCCAAAAUGCCCUGUUCACCACCAAUUUAUUACUAUGGGGGGAAAUGGGGAUCCUUCCUUCCCACUGUCCAAGCCACCCCCAAGGUUGCAUACAGUAAUAUUUGUUCACAGACAAAAAGACUCCCACAGACUUUUGCACAGAUGAUGGGAGUCGUGGUAGUUCCUCGUGGAAGGUCCCAAGCCUUUCCCAAGCUAAUAGUGAGCUUUGUUCCCUCUUCGCCCCCUUGAUAUCUUACUGGGUUUCUCUCUUUAUUCUUGCAGAUGAUGUGGGGGAGAACGAGGAAAAAUGGGAAUUACCUGGGAUAUUGUCUGGAAGAGAUGGGCAUGAACAGUUGAAGGAGAUCCUUUGGAAUCAAGAUGGACCACAGAUGGAGGAAGGCAACCACACAGGGAAAAAGAAACACCAAUCAAUUCCUUAUCAGGAUGGGAACUUUUAUGACAUCCCAGAUCAACAAGAACAGGCAGAAAACAGGAGGGUCAAGGGCCUUGAUAUUUGUUGGAGAAUACACACAGAAGAGAAACCAGAACAGACUUUAGUGUUUGGGAAGAGCUUCACUGAGGGCGGAAAUCUUCCGGAAUUUCAAAUGCUCUGUGAAGAGCAGAAACCGUACAAAUGCUUUGUGUGUGGAAAGUGCUUCACACGGAGUACCAACCUUACUUCACAUCAAAGAAUCCACACAGGGGAGAAGCCCUAUGGCUGCCCAGACUGUAGCAAGAGGUUUUCUAGCCAGUCAGAUCUUAUUAAGCAUAAGAGAAUUCACAGAGGAGAGAAACCGUACAAAUGCUUUGUGUGCGGGAAGAGCUUUAGCCAGGGUGGGCACCUAACCUCGCACCAAAGAAUUCACACAGGGGAGAAGCCCUAUAAAUGCUUGGAGUGUGGGAAAAACUUUAGCAAGAACACCAACCUUACUCUGCACCAGAGAAUCCACACAGGGGAGAAACCAUACAAAUGUCUAGAGUGUGGGAAGAGCUUCACUUGGAAUUCAAACCUUACCUCCCAUCAGAGAAUUCACACAGGGGAGAAACCGUUCAAAUGCUCAGAUUGUAGCAAGAGCUUCUGCAAUCACUCGACGCUUAUUAAGCACGUGCGAAUCCACACAGGGGAGAAGCCCUAUAAAUGCUUUGUGUGUGCAAAAAGCUUCAGUCAGAGCUCUAGCCUCACGGCACACAAGAGAAUCCACACGGGGGAGAAACCAUAUAAGUGUUCUGAAUGUGGAAAGAGCUAUAGCAAAAACACAAAUCUUAUUUCACAUCAGAGAAUUCACACAGUGGGAAAACUGCAUAAGUAAAUUGUUGCAUUAAUGCUUGGAGUGUAGGAAGAGCGCUUGAUGUAUACCUAUAGGGAAAACCAUAGAAAUUAAACUUUCUACACAUGAAGAAAUCCAGCUACCAUCUUAUUAGAUAUUCACACACAGAAGUUGCAUAAAUGUCUAGAUGUCUGGAGGUCAAGUUAUAAGUCCUGGAAAACCAUACGAGUGACAGUGGACAAAAUUGAGGGGGGAUUGAGCAACUUCCAUUGUUUCUCCACCAGUCAGUUAAAAUGUAAACAGGAUAGUAAUUUUGGGGGGCAGUUUUUUCUAGAUAGAUAUUUCUUUUUGUCAACAUUAUGCAAACUACAUAACUAAAUAAAGGUUUCUUCCAGGUUUUUCAAGCA